GAUCAAAAACAUGUUGGAGAGCCGACCGGCUAGACGCGAUUUAUUGGCUUCAGUAGUGAGGUGUGGGCCGAAACGGUGACAUGGUGAAGUGUUGUGAGGAAAAUUAAAUCAGUGGAAAAUAAAAUUGAAUUGAUUUAAAAAACAUUGCUUGUGGUCCAUCCAUUUUGUAUUUUCCAUUUUCAAUCGCCUGCUCACCUGCUCGAUUGUGAUUUGCCAUAAAUAUAAACUCGCAUAUAUGUAUGUGUGUGUGUAUGUGCGUAAAAUUGUAUCUGAUAGUAAAAUUCGUAUAAACAUUGAAUUUAUUUAGUUGGUUUGUGGAUUUCCGUUUGCGGUUUUACGUUGGUGGUUUAUUCUUGCGGUUUCUACUCGGCGUUGGCAUUGUAUUGUAUAAAUUCAUUUAACGGUAAUGACAACACGCGGUAUUCGUCGCAAGAAAUCAACAUUGACAGAAUUGAAAAUUGCUGUCGUUGGAGCGCCGAGCGUUGGCAAGAGUGCUUUAAUUGUGCGUUUCCUCACCAAACGUUAUAUCGGCGAAUAUGAUCAUCAAACAGAAAAUCGAUACAAACACGAAGCGACGGUGGAUGGAGAACCGGUGCUAUUCGAAUUACUAGACACAUGCCCCAAGGCUAAUGAUGAGUUUCCCAAUGCCGCGGAAUUAAUACAAUGGGCCGAUGGCCUACUACUCGUUUACUCCAUCACGGACCGUAGCUCCUUCAAUUAUAUACGACGUGCCAAAUCAGAUCUACAAACCGACACACCCGUCCAGUUGGUGGCCAAUAAAGUGGAUAUGGUGCAUUUGCGUCAAGUGAGUCGUGAUGAAGGUGAAAUCUUAGCCAAAGACUUUGAAUGUAAAUUCAAUGAGGUGUCAGCGGCGGACCAUGUCGAUCAGGUGGCCGAGGUAUUCCAUGAACUUUGCAAGGAGGUGUUGGCAUCGAAGCGUAAAUCGAAGCAGAGCCUUCUGGAGCGCAUGCUUGGCAGCUCAAGACCCUACAGUCGGGGGAAGAGUGACAGUAAUCUGCCGAAGGACUGAUAAAUACAACAACCGCUGUUCCAUUGAACCGAAAGGGCGGACAAAAUGUUGCUAAAAUCAUUAAAUCACCGUGGAAAUGGAACCGAGUGCCCUUCCUUAAAUGCCAAAAGUACUUAGUUAACUAACUUCAAAAAUUUCUUGUGAUUUUGAAAAUAAAAAUCAGAAAUUUUUCUUUAUCUAAUAAUAAAUAGCUUAUGAUAGUUUAAUCGAUAUUUUGUUACAGUUAAUACAUACGUAAUAUGAGCUUUUUUAUUAAAAAAAAUUAAUAAUAAUUUAUUUAUUCUUCUUUAUUCUUCCCAAAUUUAUUUCUUGUUUUUCAAGUCUGCAUAUGACCAUAGAACGGUUAUUUUACAAAAUUUAACGGAAGUAUGAACUUAAAACUGUUUAGCGCCAUCUAACGGAGGGUUAACGUCCUUCUUCACAUUCUGGUGUUGGUCUGAGCUAAGAGCUUUUUAAAAAAAAGCUUACCCACCACUUGAGCAAUUGUAUUCACCAUAGUUGCACGGUAC